AUGCCGCCCAAAAAGAAGCAAAAUGAGCCCAAAAAGAAGAAGGAUAACGUUGAUAAAACGUUUGGUAUGAAGAAUAAAAAUAAGUCUACCAAGGUCCAAAAGUUCAUCAAGCAGGUUCAGUCUCAGAGUGACCCUCAAAAGGAGGAAUUGAAGCGGAAGAAGUUGGAAGAAAAGAAGCUAAAGGAAGCUGCAGAGGCUGAGCGUCGUGCAUUGUUUAAUCCUGUGCUUGACCAGAAAGUUAAGGCGGGUGUUGAUCCAAAAACUGUUCUUUGUGCAUUAUUUAAGUUAGGAAACUGUAACAAGGGUGCUCGCUGUAAGUUUUCGCACGAUCCUAACGUUGGUCGUAGGGUGGAAAAGCGUGAUUUGUACCAGGAUGCGAGAAGUGAGAAGGAAAACGAUACUAUGGACAACUGGGAUGAGGAAAAAUUGCGGAGUGUUAUUUUGUCCAAGCAUGGUAAUCCAAGAACUACCACGGAUAAGGUGUGCAAAUACUUUAUUGAGGCUGUGGAGAACGGGAAGUACGGUUGGUUUUGGAUUUGUCCUAAUAACGGCGACAAAUGUAUGUACAAGCAUUCUCUACCGGAGGGUUUCGUUCUAAAAACCAAGGAGCAGAAGAGAUUGGAAAGAGAGGCGUUGGAGAACCAGCCAAAAAUUACAUUGGAAGAGUUUAUUGAAACGGAACGUGAGAAGUUGGACAAGACGAAAUUGACCCCUAUCACCGUCACUAACUUCGCUGAAUGGAAGUUAAAGCACAUGAAAGAGAAAGAAAACAGCGAAAAGGAAUACAACAGCAAAAAGAAGCCGUCUGGUCGGGAAGUUCUAUUAAAGAAAUAUAUGGAAGAUAACAAGUUUACAUUUGAUGAGGAAGCUAAUGAUAUAAACGGUACUACAUGGGAUUUGUCUGAAUUCACCAAGGCCUUGCGCAGUGAGCAGCUGUCUGAUGGUAUUAAAGACUUUGGAGAUGGUUCAAAUCCUACUUUUGAGAUUAAGAAAAAAUCUGAAUAG